UACAAAUCUGCCUUGUUCUGGUCUGAGGGUGUUGUUACUGCUGUUUUUAUCGGACUGCCUGUAGGCUGUAAUCUCACAGUUGUAAUUUCUGUUCAAGCACGGAUGUCAGUAAUUGUGAUGUCAUCAAAUUAAUAAGUAUCUGCUGAGUGGCAGAAAGAGGAACGGCUCUGGGCGUUUGACCCGCGAUGUGUGAUAUGAUUUCAGACCAAUCGGCUGAGAAAAUCAGCAGAAUGAAAAAGUUGAGGAGAACUUUAUCGGAGAGUUUCAGCCGCUUGGCCUUGAAGAAGGAGGACAAUGGCUUCGAUGAGAUAUGCGUUCAAAAGAUGUCGACAAGAAAUUCUCAGGCUGUGGAUUCAGUUGUCAAACCAUUGGAUACCAUUCCUGAAGACCGAAAAGUCAGAGUUCAAAGGACUCAGAGCAGUUUUGAUCCAUUUGACAAGCCAACAAGUCAAGUGAAAAGGGUCCAUUCUGAGAACAAUGCAUGCAUUAACUUCAAGAGCUCCUCUGGUGGAAAAGAGUCUCCAAAGUUGAGGCGACAUUCUAGUCCUAGUUCACCAACAAGCCCCAAAUUUGGAAAAGCUGACUCCUAUGAAAAAUUGGAAAAACUUGGUGAAGGGUCCUAUGCAACAGUAUAUAAAGGAAAAAGCAAGGUGAAUGGGAAAUUGGUAGCUCUGAAGGUGAUCAGGCUGCAAGAGGAGGAAGGAACCCCUUUCACAGCAAUCAGAGAAGCUUCCUUGUUGAAAGGUUUGAAACAUGUGAACAUAGUCCUGCUUCAUGACAUCAUUCACACAAAGGAAACCUUAACUCUUGUGUUUGAAUAUGUGCAUACAGAUUUAUGUCAGUACAUGGAUAAACAUCCAGGAGGACUCCAUCCCGAAAAUGUGAAGCUCUUUUUGUUUCAGCUCCUGCGGGGUCUCUCCUAUAUUCAUCAGCGAUACAUCUUGCACCGAGACUUAAAGCCUCAGAACUUACUCAUCAGUGAUACUGGAGAGCUGAAGCUAGCAGAUUUUGGACUUGCCCGAGCCAAGUCGGUACCCAGCCACACAUACUCCAAUGAGGUAGUUACACUAUGGUACAGGCCUCCAGAUGUCCUGUUGGGCUCCACAGAAUAUUCCACUUGCCUUGACAUGUGGGGUGUGGGUUGCAUUUUUGUCGAAAUGAUUCAAGGAGUUGCUGCCUUUCCUGGAAUGAAGGAUAUUCACGAUCAGUUGGAGCGUAUAUUUUUGGUUUUGGGAACUCCAACAGAGGAAUCCUGGCCUGGAGUUAGCUCUUUGCCGUACUUGAAAACAGAUCGCUUCACACAGUACAGUUCUAAAAAACUUAGGCAAGCGUGGAAUAAACUAGAUUAUGUGGCCCAUGCUGAAGAUCUUGCCUCCAAACUUCUACAGUGCUUCCCAAAGAAAAGACUGUCAGCUUUAUCGGCACUGAAUCACGAGUACUUCAGUGAUCUUCCUCCGCGGCUGUGGGAACUCUCAGACAUGUCCUCUGUCUUUGUCGUGCCCACUGUGAAACUACAGGCUGAAGUAGAUGACAGUUCAAGAGUUUUUGGGAGAAGCAACAGUCAUGGUAAAGGCUUUUUGAACCACAAACAUUGAGGAGUUCUUAACCCUGGUACCAUACAAAGGUAAUUUCAUCGCCAGUUCCAAAGAGCAGCUGAGAAUCAGAAAAGCAAAAGAACUCAAGCACCUAUUCUCUUGUUGAUAGUCACAUUGGCGAAUGGCUGCUGUUGUUAGAAUAACUCUCGCCAUUUGCAUUGUGUGGGUUUAUUUGUGCUUGCGCUCUGAAUUUGACAUCUUGAAUGCUAAACCUUGACAUGCAAGAACCACCUCCUUUUUUUGUAAUUUGUUUAGAGAUUCACUUAGCUGAUAAAUGAUCUGUGCUGCUUUACAGAGUCUUGUCUGUCAGUCUUUUGAUUUUCUGUGCUAGUGUAGCAUUUUUGUACAGCUCAUUCAGAUUUCACUGGCAACAUUGAAAUUCUGGAGAUUUUAUUUGAAACUAUGUUGAGCAUGCCAGGAAACCCUAUGAUGCCAGCAUUACAAAGCAAUCAACAGUGGCCUGAAAGACAAUGCAUAUGUUUUACAAAAAUAAGCAUACCUUUGUAUACAAUUGAAAUGAUAUAGCUAGUGAAGCACCGUUAACAUUUGUGACAGUGCUCCAGCUGGGAUCUUGGAAGGUACUUAGAUAAGUCCACAGAUGAUGGGGUGAACUGCAGUGUUUAAAAUAGUUUGCACUAUCAUGAGGAUCACUGGCUUAGUAUUUUUAGAAGACUAUAAAAACCAUGUAUAUAAUGGCAUAUCUUUCAACCCUAUGAAUUCUCAAGUUAGAUUUAUACCCAAUUCUUUGUUGUUACAGAUCCUGGGUAAGUGUUAUUACAGAAGGUCUGUACUUGGUACAAACUCUGCGAUGAAGGUACUUAUAUAAAAAGCAGAGCUAAAAUCUCUAGGCAGGUGUCAUGGGAUUCUUGAAAUACCAGAGAUGUCCUUUUAACCUUGUGGCCUCAGUCCAUUCUUUUUUUCCUGUACUGGUUUGAGCACAGACCAGUUUCUAUCAUUAAGACAAAUUAACUAAUUGUUGGGAGAUGAUUUCUACUAAUUUUCUAUCUGGAGUAAAAUUGCACCACCAAUUCACAUCAAUAAAUAUUUUCUGUUAUAUCUCCCUAGUUUUUUUUAAUAUCUUUGUUGCUGUCCUUCAUAAUCCCCCUUGCCUGCCAUUAUGCAGGUUGCCAUUAUCAUUCACAGACCAUAGAUUACUUUUAGGUAAAUAUAUGUUUUUUUCCAUGAUUGAUGACAUUUUAUUCCUUACUUGAGAUUAAAAAUAGUUACUUUUCCAAUGUUAUUAAUGCAUUAAUUUCAAUAUAUUCCAAAAUCGCUAUUUUCCUAUUGCAUCAGCCCCCCCCCCCCCAACACUCCAUGGUAAAACAUAUUAAGAAUUCUUGAUGGUGCACUGGAAAUACAAAUGUGUAAUUUAAUCUGAGUAUAGAUUAUGCGUAAAACAAACAUAACCUUCAAUCAGAAGGAAUAGGUAAAAAAAAUACUUAAGGAUUCUAAAUCAUUUUAAAGUAUACUGUUACAAAUGAUUUGAAUCAUUUCAUUUAGAAAAGGUUUGCUUGUAAAUGGGAUGGAUUGAGAUUUAAGAAUAAAAUUGCAAAUAGGACCAGUAUCUGUUUAUUAUCAUUUAUUAUUAAAAUUAAAAUACUGUAAAAUACAUUCCUUUUUCCAAGUAAUAUCUAGUUUCACAACAGGCAACUGUUACGGUUGUGAGAUGCAUGAAUCAGUUCUUCUUUCUGUGCUUUUUGCAACAUUAUAUUGAUUAGUCCACUAAUAAGAACAAUCAUCAUUGAAUGUUAGGUUACCAUGAACCAGAAAAUAAAUGGAAGCUAUGUUAACACUCAAUGUUAUCAGUGAUAACUUUCAAAGUUUGUAAGUGUGGUUUUGAUUGUUAUUCAAUCAGUCAAGAAUAGUUGAUCAUGCAAUGUGUCAUGUAUUUGUUAAAUUAAGGGUAAUAUAAAAAAGCUAUUAAAGACAAAGUGGGAUAACA